UUCUACGAUAAUCAAACAGUGUCAUAUCAGCACAAGAAAAUUCUACAAUUCGUUCCCGAAUUGAGCAUAGACAAGAAUACUCCGAUAGUCACACCUAAUAUUCCUUUAUUGACUCUUACUAGUCUCAGUCCAAAACUUGGUUACCUGCUCUCAAAGACCAUUUCUGUGGUGCUAACAGCAGCCAAGUUCAAGCCUUUCAUCAAUGUGACCGCCGAUCAGUUGGUAUUUGGCUAUGAUGACGCGCUCGUUAGCCUUGCGCAUCGAUUUUAUCCAAAACAUUUGCGUCCAAUGGAGCGUAUGGGACUGCUCAUUGCGCGCAAUGGCACACUAACCGAAGUCUCAACAAUCAAAACUGGACACCAUGGCAUGGAAGAAUUCGGUUAUAUAGAUCGCCUCAAUGGACUCGAUCACUUACCGCACUGGCACAAUCCACCCUGCAAUCGUAUAGCCGCCUCGGAAGGUUCCUUCUUUCCACCGCGCGACAUAACAAAAUCGGAUAUGGUGUACCUCUACGACAAGGAUUUGUGCCGCGUCAUACCUUUGCAGUACCAAAGAGGCGUACAAAAAGAUGGCAUCGGCGCUGAUCUGUACAUCUUGCCGGAUAAUUCUUACGGCGAUUCAUCGACCAACCCGGAAAACGAAUGCUUCAAUCCAAGUGACUACGAGGCGAAGAAGGGUCUACAAAAUAUCAGCCCCUGCCAAUACGGCGCGCCUGUCUAUAUAUCCAAUCCACAUUUUUACCAAGCCGAUGAGUCGUUGCUGGACUCGGUAGUGGGACUCAAACCGAAUAAGAGCGUACAUGAAACAUACUUCAAAAUUCAAUCG